CAAGGGAUAUGUUGAGGCGAACAAGGUUGAGGAGGCAGUGGGGUUGUUCAAGGAGAUGGGGGAGAAGGGGCUGAGGUUGAGCGAGAAGACGUUUGCUGCAUUGAUGCCAGGGCUUUGUGAUGACGAGGGGAAGACUGCGGAGGCCCGGAAGGCAGUGGAGGAUAUGGCAGAGCGGCGACUCACGCCAAAGGACAAAUCGGUGUUUCUGAGGCUUGUGUCGACAUUGUGCAAAGCUGGAGAUUUGGAUGGGGCAUUGGAGGUGCAUAAGAAGAGCGGGCAGUUCAAGCAUGUCCUGCUGGACCCGAGGCAGUACGGUGUGCUGAUGGAGAGCUUGUGUGCAGGUGGUAAGUGUGAUGGUGCUGUGGAGGUGCUCGAUGAGCUUCUUGAGAAGGGCACACUGCUUAGCCCAAAGAGUCCAGUGCUGGAAGCAUCGGCUUAUAAUCCAGUGAUCGAGUAUCUGUGCAACAACGGAAAUACCAACAAGGCUGAGACGUUCUUCAGGCAGCUGAUGAAGAAAGGUGUGGAUGACAAGUCUGCAUUCAACAGUCUUAUCCGUGGGCAUGCAAAGGAAGGUGCACUGGAGGCUGCAAAGGAGAUUCUGGCCAUUAUGACACGCCGUGGUGUCCCUACUGACCCCCAUUCGCAUGCACUGCUUAUUGAUAGCUUCCUGAAGAAAAAUGAGCCAGCUGAUGCAAAGACAGCAUUGGACAGCAUGAUGGUGCAUGGUCACUUACCAAGGCCAGCUCUGUUCCAGUCUGUCAUGGUGUCGCUUUUCAAUGCUGGCCGGGUUCAGACCGCAAGUAGGGUCAUGAAGAGUAUGAUCGAGAAGGGGGUUACUGAGAAUAUGGAUGUGGCACAUAAGAUCUUGGAAGCUCUCUUCAUGAGGGGUCAUGUGGAGGAGGCGAUUGGUCGCGUCAAUCUGAUGGUGGAAAAUGGCUUUAUGCCUGAUCUGGACAAGUUGCUUGUUUCCCUUUGCCAGAAGGACAAGGUGAUGGAGGCACAUAAGCUGGCUGAUUUUGCAUUGGACCGGGACUUCGAAGUUAGCUUCUCAACCUAUGACAAAGUCCUGGAAGCCCUGUACACUGAGGAGAAGACAUUGCCAGCCUACUCCAUGCUCUGCAAGAUCAAGCACAAAGGAGGUGUUGUAGACCAGAAGGGCUGUGAUGCUUUGAUGGAUAGCUUAAAAGCUGGAGGAUACUCUAAGCAAGCUGACAUUUUGUCUAGGAUCUUGGUAGAGAAUGGAUCUUCAACAUCCAAGAGGGGCAAAAACUCUGCCAUGGGUGCGUAGCGAGGUUUCAGAAUUCAUGGGAGAUCCUGUUUGCUUUUUUAAUUGAAGAAGAAAAGAAAUCAGCUCUUUGUUUGUUUCGUCAAUGCCUGUUGGGCCAUCUGUCAAAUGAGGAUUUUCAUCCUAGCUCAAGCAAGAUUGGUAAAUUUACCUUUCUCACGAAAACCCUGAUUUAAUCUUGCACCAUGUCUUAGCGAAGAAACAUGUUUAAUAAUUGAGGCAGAUGUGCUUCUUAUGAAUUUAGUUCAGAAUUACAUCUAUAAUAUCCUGUUACUUCAUUCUUUA